AUGGAUUUCACCAAGACCAGUUCCCUGCGUGCUCUGAUUGAGUUAAAUUUCCAACGCAAUUGGAAAGGCAUCAUUUGGAUGAGUAGAAAAGGAGUUAUAGCCAAAAGAGUGAAGACUGUCCAGACGGCUCUAUCGAGAAUCAGCGCCCAAACCGCGCAGUCCGGCUGGCCGAGGAACGCAUGUUCCGCGCUCGGCCAAAGCUGCGUCCGUCCGACUGAAGUCUCGGCCAAGUCCAAAACCACUCGGCCGAUCACGCAUCACGACCCGGGAAACUCAAGCCCGCGGUCGGCCACGCCACAACUGGCCGCGCCACAACCGCGCACGACCAAAGCGCGCGACCCGGGAAACUAUGCCUCGCGUCCGGCCGAAGAUUUCCAUCGGCCAAUUCCUAUCCGCCCGACCACGCCGGCGAUCGUCAUAACAUCCGGCCCCGACCGUUCCGACUCGGCCAAAGACCCGACUGUCCGGCCGACCGUCCCGCACGACCGUCCGAACGCCGCGGUCGACCCGAAGCCGUUUUUGAAGCCCAAUCCGCACAAUUCAAGCCCAAAGCCGGCGCCGACCUAG